UCCCAAACGCCCUGUCUCCCAUUAUAUACUAGACCACCCCGCCAGCCCAAACCACCUCUCGUUUCGCUCAUCGCGCAGCAUGAAAAACCACUCCUUCCUGCACUACUGACCCAUCGCAGCUUUCGAUCCAUCCAGCCAGAACCAACCACUCAAAUCAUCAAAACCAUCGGAAAAAGAGGUUGAAGAGACCGACGAGAACCGACCACCAUGAGGGCCAGCAACCACCUGAUCGGCCUCCUCAACUUCCUGACCUUCCUGCUGUCGAUCCCGAUCCUCGGCGGCGGGAUAUGGCUGAGCAGCCGCGCCAGCUCGACCGACUGCAUGAAGUUCCUGCAGUGGCCCCUCAUCAUCAUCGGCGUGGCCAUCAUGGUGAUCUCCCUCGCCGGGUUCGCCGGCGCCUGCUACCGCAACACCUUCCUCAUGGGGCUCUACCUCUUCUGCAUGUUCUUCGUCAUCGCCGCCCUCAUCGGCUUCAUCAUCUUCGCCUACGCCGUCACCGACAAGGGCUCCGGCCGGCCCGUCACCGGCCGGGCCUACCAGGACUACUACCUGCAGAGCUACUCCGGGUGGCUUAAGGAGCGGGUGGCCAGCGAGUCCUACUGGACCAAGAUCAGCUCCUGCAUAAGGGACUCCAAGGCGUGCAAGAAGAUCGCCGUCAACGGCGUCCCCGAGACCGAGAGCAUGUUCUACUCCCGCAAGCUUAACCCUAUCCAGUCUGGAUGCUGCAAACCGCCGAGCGACUGUGGCUACACCUAUGUGAACGAGACCUACUGGACCGUAGCAAGCGGGCUAGUUGGGACCAACACGGACUGCUCCUUGUGGAACAAUGACCAGGAUCAGCUGUGUUAUUUGUGCGGCUCUUGCAAAGCCGGCGUGCUAGCCAGCCUCCGGCACAGCUGGAGGAAGGUGUCAAUCGUAAACAUCGUCAUACUGAUCCUCCUGGUGAUUGCCUAUGUGAUCGCCUGUGCCGCGUUCAGGAAUGAUAAACGCAUCGACAACGACGAGCCCUACGGCGAAGCCCAGAUGACCAAGUCACGGCCUAGUAGGCUCCAGUUCUAGGACUUUGUCAUUUUGAUAAAUGUAAUUGACUGGUUUGUUUGGUAUUGUUUAAUAGCUUUGAAGGGUUGGUUGUAAGUAAUGUGCCAGUGGCAAAUCCUCUUUUCCUUGAUUGCUCUUCAAGUUUUCUUUUGGGAAUUGAAGCGAGGACAUUGUCGAUGGGAAGGAGGUGUAGUGGCAGGAAAAUUGAAGUCGUAAGAUGGAUGUGUAGGAGUAUUGUCGAGACUUAUCACUGUGAUGAGUAUGAUUUAUGACAUAUGUAAUACAAUGGAGAUUAGAUUUCUGUGCA